CCGGCGAGAUCGUUCGGGAAGAAUGUCGCUGAAGUGUGCAGUUUGUAGCCAAAACGAGCGAAAAUACAAGUGUAAAACGUGCAGCGUUCCCUACUGCUCGGUGGCUUGCUAUCGGACGCACCAGGAGCAAAAAUGUGAGCCACCAGCCCUAUCGGCUACGGAUCCGGAAUCGGGUUUCCGGGAGGACCACGCUCCGAUGGCACAGAAAAUCGUGCACUUCCCCACGGUCGACACGGUGCCGCAGGAGAAGCUGGAAUUGCUGGGACAAAGCGAACACCUAAAGAAUCUGCUGUGCAAUCGGCACUUAAGGCAGCUGCUGAAAGAGGUGGACAGUGGCCGGAACGGGAUGAAUGCCAUUCGCGUGGCAAUGAUGGAGCCACUGUUUGUGGAGUUUGCCGACGAGUGCCUCCGGCUAGUGGAACCACCGAGCUCCGAUGGGGAAGAAUCGCAACCGAACAUGGACGAUUUAGUAUUCACAAACCUCAAACAUCGACGGUAGCGCCGGUAUCCUUUUACGACAAUAAACUGCGACGCACGCGGUUUGGUUCGAUCCAAA